CCACCAUGGCCGUCGGACGUGUCUCUACGGCUGUCUCUCUCGCCGUCCUUUUGGUCGCUUUUUGGUACACGAGAGACGAUGGACACCCGAUCAUACACAAAAAUCUGCAGAAUAUUUUGGACGCCAUGCUAGAGGUAGAGCAGCAGCAUGCAGUGGGUGAAAUUCGCAUUGCUGUUGGCUAUGGUGCCUGCAAGGACCUCUUUGUCCGGGGCUCUCACAUCCUAGGGGUCAUGCAGGCACCUCAGCGUCCUGCACACUUCAGUCGAAUCGAGUCUCUCCAGCAGAUGAAGGAGAUGUACGCGCUCUUCUUUUCUGCUGGAUCGGCAGCAGAACGGUAUGUGGUCAAUGAAACACUGUUCAGCGAGAUGAUAACUGCAGCAGAGGCAGCGCCAGGCUCUUACUCUGCUUUAGGGGGUAAUGCUCCAGUCAUGGCUUCUCGAUUUGCCAAAGAGGGAGCAAAGGUUCUCCUUGCUGCCAAACGCAGCCCAUAUAUCAUGGAGGAGAUUCAUCCUGAUAUUGUGGUUGGAGGAGGAGAUGUUGAUGGAGUUGAUGACAUUCACCUGAUCUUAGAGUAUAAGACAGGGGAGAAAUGGGGAACCUAUGAGGCACCUCGAGCAAAUAGAUUUAUUGUACACAGUGAUGAUAGCAAUCCAACCCUGAGUUCAGUUGAAGAGUUCGGUGGACAUUUGCCCUCGUUCAAGCCACAUUUACUCGUUGUUGGAGGUCUUCAGAUGAUGGACAACUUUCCCUUCCAGUCAGGCCGUCGUCAGGAACGUCUAAUGGCCGUUCGGGACCAGAUGAGUUCCCUCCCCUUUACGACCAGAAUCCACUUUGAGAUGGCUUCCUUCACCGACACUGAACUCUUGAACGAUCUCAUGGACUAUGUUGUUCCCUAUUCCGAUUCUCUGGGCAUGAACGAACAGGAACUUCCAAAUCUGUACAGUAUGAUGAAGUAUGGAAACGUCAGUCUUGUGUCGGACUUCAACCCUCGUGUUGCUGUUGUUCUUGAUCAGAUGAGAGAAAUUUUCGAGCAAUUAGGAAACACCCCAGAGGUGGGUGGGAAGAGGAGGCUGACGCGCUUGCACCUCCACACCCUUGCGUUCCAGGCCAUCAUGGUGAGGAAGGGGUCACCCUGGCUUAACUCCAUGGCUGCUGCGACGAAGGCUGCACUCACGGCAAAUCGACAUGUGUGCGGCAAUUCUAAGAUCAACUUGCGAAAUGCCAAAAUCCUAAUGGACGAUGGCUUCACACUGUCUCAGGAAGCAGGAGCGGGGAGGGUCAUGUUUGACAACCAUCACCCUGUGGCAUGUUGGACUGAAGACGAUGGCAAUAUAGAGAUAUGUGUGGCUCCUGUUCUUGUGUGCACCUCAGUCCGGCACACAGCAGGUGGUGGAGACAACAUUUCAGCAGCUGGCCUGGUUCUGCAGGUGUAACAUGCAGGUGCACUUCUUAGUCUUUUACCCAGAGAGAAAAGUUUUUGUGUUUGAAGAGAAUUCUUAUCAGAUAUCUGUUAGGGUGAACUUACAUUCCAUGUCAGGAAUCUUUUUUAUUUAUUUAUUUAUUUUAUUUUUUUUUUUUUUAUGGGAGCCAGAGGUGGACGUCUUUAAGAACCAGAGUAUUUUACUGAUUUCCAGUGCCUUGUGUCUUGCAUGUUGCAAGAAGAAAAUAUAUUUUAUGGAAUAGUAAUAAGAGAUAUUUUUGUUAGGUAUAGUAAUGCUGAUGGUGUUUAAGGUAAGAUAGACUCAUUCUUUUAAAGUGUGAGUUGAGUAAUUGAUUCAGUUUGUAUGCAAUUGAAAAUUGUGAAAAAAUGAGAUUAUUGUCAUUAAUAGCAAUAGUUGUUAUCACCUCAGUAUGUGUUCAUAUUUUAUUUUUAUUAAUUUCUGUAUAUAGAUAUUUUUUCUAGUGCAGUCAUAUUGUUGAGACUGGAAACUAGUUGAAUUUUUCUAGAAAAGAUUUAUAUAAGGAGAAAAAAGAAGUUAUCAUCUCAGGAGAAACCAACAACCACCCAGAUACCAAGUUAUGUUUGUAAUCAAAGGUAGCUAAGCUUGAAUGGGAUUUCUGUCCAAAGUGUCAGUUACAAGAAAAUGAAUGUGAAUCCCCCUCCCCCAGUGAAAAAAGCUGGUCAAAUGAACUUGAAGAAAAAGAAAACAUUCCUGUCUCUAAAGAAUUAGUCAAAAGUGGCUAUGAAUAUUUCGGAUCAUAAACAUGGAAAAAGCCGUGUCACAAUAUUGACAUGAAAGCUUACAUAGUUCUUAAGUAAGCUAUCAGCACGAGUUCAACAAAAGAAAACCAUUGCAUAAAAGAAAGAAUUGGUUGUGUUUUCCUCAGUACAUCAUAAGGAAGAGCCAAGAAGAGACAAAAGUAUGCAUGUUGUAUCUGAAUCCCACUUAUAUCUUAUCUAUUUUCUCAACUGCUAUUCUGCUUCUUUUUCUUCUGAACAUUUGAAUAGAAGCUAAGUUGGCAUAAUGAAGGGUUUCACAGUCCCUGUUGCAAAGAAGUAUGUGUCAUAUAGUCCUCUUAUUUGGUACUUGGGUGGAGUUUGAGGUAUUUUUCUGCUGGAAAAUGUGUUUUAUUCAGCUUUCUUGUAUGUGAUGUUAAAGAUUGUAUAAUGUUCGUGGGGAUGAAAUGAUUAGGAAGAGAGUGUAGAUUGAAAGUUUUUAAUAUGAUUUAUGUCCUGUGUGCAGAUUCCUUGCCACCCAUUAUAAAUGAUAUAUGAGCUAUAAUUUCAAAUUUUAUUAUGAUUUUUUUUGAUAAUCAUCUUUUUUUUUUUUUAAUUGUUUUUUUUUCCUGAUACAUUCCAGUGUUUUUUUCUGCUAGAAUUGGUUACAUAAUCAUUAAUAUUAUUUUUGUUUCCUUUUUUAUUUGUAUGAUUAAGGCUGUAUAAGUAAUUUCUAACCCAUAGACCUAUAUUUCUGUUAUUCUUAUCCAUUUAGAAUUAAUGGUUUUGUCACUAAAUGAGCCAUGAUAAAUUAGGUUAGGGGCUUAACCCAAUGCCGCUGGGUGGUUUCCUGAUGCGAAAGCCCUCUCUCCCGGGCUGUAUUCAUAGUGGCCGGGGGCUUGUGUUGGCACCAUAGUGUGCGAGGCAUGACUGCAAAUGCCCCCGGAACGCAGGACCGGUGCACCAUGGCAUGUAUGCACAUGCCAUCAAGAAUAUAGUCCAGGCAUGCCAUGGCAUGUACAUGGCUCCUGGCAGCAAAGGGUUAAUGUAAUAGUGUUGUUGUCAUUCAUUUUUUUAUGAUUUAUGCAUCUUUUUGGAUAGGGAGGAAAGGAGAAAAAACUAUUAUCUUUCACAUUUCUUUUUGUGAAGUAUAUUGCUAUACAAUUUAUUAGGAAAGAAAAGAAAGUAUUAGUCAAGAUUUAUUUGAUUUUAUUUGAGAAUACAGUUCUAAUCUAGAUGUGUGUCUGAAUUUUAACUUGACAGUAAAUUGUUCAGGAGGUAUUGCUAGGCUGUCCAUAUCUUCAUUAUACCACUACUGUGAUUAUCAUUGAAAUUUUUAUUAUUAGCACUACCUUCAUAAUGAAAGAGUCUAUGGUUAAUAUCAUAUUUUUUAUUUUGGUGCUAAUGGCUAUAUGGGUAUUGUCACUGCUAUAAUUUACUUAAAAGCAUUGCUAUGGCAGGAUAUUUCAUUAGUACUAUUGGGAGACAUAGCUAUUUUUAUCAAUAGAGCUAAUAGGUAACAUAAGCAUUGCUUUCAACUUUGCUAGUCAUAUUGUAUAGAACUAGCAAUUGCACUGUUAUUGUAAAAAAAAAAAAGUUAGAACAUGGUGCACAGUAGCAUCAUUAUUUCUAUUACCCCAGAUAUUAUUGUCAUAAGGUAAUCAAAUUGGUGGCCAUAUUAUCUCUAGCCUCUAUAGAUGCUUUACUUUUACCUACAGUAGAUCUCUAUUAGUUAAUAUUACAUUUUAUAUUACAAAUAAUGUUUUUACCUGUUGUCAAACACUCCUUAGCAGCUUCUGGUUAUUAUUAUCAACGAAGGCUAUUUGUUUAAGGCUGUUACAUAGGCUGUUGUAAACUUGCCUAUGUUAUCCAUUUUGUAAAAGGGAAAGGGAAAGAAAACAACUGGAAUAUUUAUAUGGGUUUUAUGCCAGAGAGUGAGGAGUCGGAAAGGAGACCUUGAAAAGGCUAGUGUUUUAGAGCCUUUUAAAUGGUGUUUGUGUUUUUUUAUUAAUGUUUAAUCAUUGUGUUGUUAUUUAAACUAUUUGCUGUAAUGACUAAAGGUUAUGUGAAACAAAUUGCCAUGAAAUAAGCCUAAGCAAGGAACUUCAGUGUAACUGUCUAUUUCAUAUCUUCUUUUUUAACUUUUAAUUGGCUGUUUGUUUAAAGUUAUUUUAAUAUCAUUACUUGAUAUGAUAAUGAAAAAAAAAUACUGUAUCUCAGAUUUUAAGCAUUUUGUGGGAUUUAGUUAUAUUUGUGAUAUUUUUAACCUGACAGAAAUUUGGGGGGAAAGAAGCUUGUAUUUGUGAUCUCUUUCUAAUUUUUCAUUUUUUUAAGCCUUUAAGUCACAAAUAUGGAAAACAGAGAGAAUACAGAAUUUUACUUAUAUUAGAGUGAUGAUGAUAUAUUGUGAAAGAAAUAUAAACUAAAAAUUACAGCUAGAAUCAUGUAACAAGAAAGAAAAAGGUAUUAUAAAUAGUAUUGGACUGCAAGAAUUAUCAAAAAAUAAUUUUAUAGUUUGCAGUUAAAAAAAUGGGAAGAAGUGUGUUUGGAAUACCAAGGUGUUUCAACAUUUUUCCAGUCAUAUUAGACUAGCUGUUGACUUUACGGUUCAUUUGAUGAUGUACUAGUCUUGUUACUGUUGUUUGUAUUCUUCUUCUUCUUCUUCUUCUAUUUAUUAUUAUUAUUAUUAUUAUUGUUAUU